AGACGAAGAAGAGGAAGGAAGAAGGAGAAGAAUAGGGAAUGAGCGCGUUCGGAGGAGAUAGCUGGGCAAGAGAAGCCCAGCACCGGAAGAGAAGAGUCGACGAUCUGGCCGUGGAAGGCCUCGACGCCUCCUCCUACAAGAAGCUCUCCUCCGGCAAGUUCGCCUGCCUCGUCUGCCCUGGCGCCCCCGUCCUCGAUUCUGCUCUCAUGCUCUCCAUGCAUUGCAAGGGGUCACACCACCAUGUUGCAUUGUCGAGAUUGAAGGAGACAGAAUUGAAAAAGAAGGAUGAGAUCGACAAGAGAAUAGCCUUGUCUGAUUGUACUGUUAAUACCGGCACUAGUACUUCUAUUUUAAACAGGAUAAAAAGUAGACCCUUGAUUGAGCAAACAAGGAAGGCCGUUUCUGAAGUACUUGAUAAGGGAAACACUAGACAAGACGUCCAUAACAAUGGUCACAGUGGAAAAAUAUGUGGGAAUCUCCAUGGUAAUGAAACCUCACAUGUGAGCGAAAGCUUCUGUUUCGCUGCAAAAGAAGCAGCUGAAGAGGUGGUUGUACAGCAACAACUUAGUAUGAGAGAGCGCCAUGAAAGAGAGCUCAAGUUUACUUCUGCAGGUUGGAAGCACGACUGCAAUGGCAGAUGGUUCAAGGAUGAAAAUGUUGAAUUCGAUUCAGACGAAGAAGAUCCAAAUAUUUGUCUUGGAUAACACGUAGAUCUUACACUCUUUAUUUCAAGCAAUUGAUAGCAGAGAACUAUUAAGACUAAUGAGAGGUGUUCAUGUGAAAGUUUGAUGUCUUGACCUGCCAGGCUGAUCUCUCAUAAUACCAAUCAAAUAUUACUGCAAAUUUCCAUCCACAGGUCUUAAAUACUUCAA